AUGAUGAACCCUCGCCGGCUGCCGCCUCUGCCGUCGUUGUCCGUGGAGGCGGCGGCUGCGGCGGCGGUGGACGAGAUGGACCCGCGUGUGUGGCGCCGGCUGCCGCAGCCGCUCGUGGACCGCGUCCUGGCAUGCCUGCCGACGCCGACGUUCCUCCGCCUCCGCGCCGCCUGCCGCCGCUUCUACCACCUCCUCUUCUCGUCCCCGUUCCUCCACUCCCACCUCCUCCUCUCCCCGCACCUCCCCUUCUUCGCCUUCGUCGUGCCCUCCGCGGGGCACCUGCUCCUGCUCGAUCCCACCGGCCAGGUGCCCUCCUGGUCCCGCCUCCCGCUGCCGCUCCCGCCCGUCGCCGGGGGGCCCGCGGCGUUCUCCCCGGCGGCCGCGUCGGCCGGCCUGCUCGCGUUCUUGUCCGACGCGUCUGGCCACAAGACGCUGCUCCUCGCCAACCCCAUCACACGCCUCCUCGCCGCGCUGCCGAUCUCCCCGACCGCGCGCCUCUCCCCCACAGUCGGCCUCGCCGCCGGCCCCACCUCCAUCAUCGCCGUCGUGGCUGGAGACGACCUCGUGUCCCCUUUUGCUGUCAAGAACAUAUCUGCCGACACCUUCGUCGCCGACGCCGCCUCCGUCCCGCCCUCCGGCUUCUGGGCCCCCAGCUCCCUCCUCCCCCGCCUGUCGUCCCUCGACCCCCGCGCCGGCAUGGCCUUCGCCUCCGGCAGGUUCUACUGCAUGAGCUCAUCUCCGUUUGCGGUUCUCGUGUUCGACGUGGCGGCCAAUGUCUGGAGCAAGGUGCAGCCGCCGAUGAGGCGUUUCCUGAGGUCGCCGGCGCUGGUGGAGCUCGGCGGCGGGAGGGAGGGAGCGGCGAGGGUUGCACUGGUUUCGGCCGUCGAGAAGAGCCGGCUCAGCGUUCCGCGCAGCGUUCGUCUGUGGACGCUGCGCCGCGUCGGCAACGGAGGAGGAGCAGCCGGCGGCGGCGGCGGAGGCGCGUGGACAGAGGUGGCGCGGAUGCCGCCGGAGGUGCACGCGCAGUUCGCCGUGGCGGAAGGAGGGCGCGGGUUCGAGUGCGCGGCGCACGGCGACUACGUCGUGCUCGCGCCGCGCGGCCCGGUGGCCCAGGCGCCCGCGAGCGCGCUCGUGUUCGACUCUCGCCGCGACGAGUGGCGGUGGGCGCCGCCGUGCCCGUACGUCGUCGCGCUAGCGCACGGCGGCGUCGUCGUCGGCGCCGCUGCCGCUGCCGGCGCGGGCUUCCGGGUGUUCGCCUACGAGCCCCGCCUGGCGACGCCGGCCAUUGGCCUCCUCGACGCCACGGCGCCCGUCGCCUUGCAUGGCAUGCAUGGUUAG